AUGUUAAAUAAAAUAAUAUUAAUAUUUUUUUUAAUAAAUAAUAUAUUUUCAAUAGUUGUUUCCUCAACAAAAUUAAAUCCAUGGGUUUUUGAGGAAAGAAUUAAAUUAUAUGAUAUAUUAAUUAAUUCAACAAAAGUUGAAAUUUUUGGAGAUGAUAAUUUAAAUAAUUGUUUUCAAGGUUUUAAAAUCCAACUUGAAUGGCAAAAAACAACAGGUAGAUCAAUGAUAAUUGAUAAUUCGAAUAUUAGUGUUAAUAGUUGGUGGGGAUCAAUGAACUAUUAUGAAUCAAUCAUACCAUUUAUAUCUGCUAUGAAUUUAGGUAUUAUACAACCACCAAUUGAACUGGUUAAUAUUGGAGAUGACAGAUUUUGUACAGACUAUUCUGAAUGUGAUAAAGAGUUAAUGGAGCCAUGGGAUUUAUAUUUCCAAUUUUUAAUUAAAAUUAAAGAUGAAAAGUAUAGCUAUUCAAUUCAACAACAAAUAUUAAAAUAUAAUUGGGAUGGACAUAUGAAAAGUUUAAGUAUUGGUUUAAAAUUAUUUAAUGAUAAAUUGAAUUAUCUUUCAAAAAAUGAAAUUAAAUUCUCAACUGGAUUUGUUCAUUUUGUUGAUAUUAUAUCAUUAAUUAAUUUCAAUACAAAUUAUAGCCAAAUUUUACCAAUUUUCGAUUCACUUCCACCAAGAAUGUUAACAAAUUCUGAUCAUCCACCAUUUUUUAAAGGUUUUACAAGAACUCAAAAUUUUUAUACUGUAUCAGUUUUAUCAAUUAAUGAAUUACAUGAAAAUCAAAUACUAUGGAAUUAUUUUUUAAAUCUUUUAAAAACAAAAACUGAAAAUGAAAAAUGUCGUGAUUUUAUAAAUCAAGAAAUUAUUAAUUUUACAAAAUACCCUGAAUCAACAUUAGUUAAAUUAUUAUUAAAACUUUUAUUAAAUAAUUGUUAA